AUGAACAACUGGGCGGAAUACUAUAUUCACGCCUCGCUUGCAUUUCAAACAAUGUUCGCAGUUUUGACCUUUUCCACGCUGGCUGCAGCCAAAGAAAGCGCAGCAAAAUCCAAACGCGGCGUUGCAGGCGGCACCUCCCUCUACGCCUCGCCUGGUCCUGCGUACACCAAGUCGCAGCAGGCGCCCCAAGCACAAGCGUAUGCCUACGCUGCCCAACCUCAACCACAACUGCAACCACAACCACAACAUAUCCGGUACUCAUCAGCAGCUGAUGUUUCUAGCUUCAGUUACUCGAGCCCUGUAGUAGAAUACAACAACCUAGGAUUGCUGCACCAACUAGCUGGAAAAAACGCCCCAUCUCAAGCAAGCCAGUCCUACAAUGUUGCCCCAUCUCCUAAGGCCCAAUAUACAUCACCAGCACCAAGAGUACAGUACGUUAGCUCCCCGAAAGUGCAAUACACAUCGCCCUCCAAAUCCCAGUACAAUCCCAGGAUUCAGUACACCUCAGACGCAGGAAGCAGUUCUGGGGCCCCUAGCUACGAAGACAUCUACCAACAGUUGAUCCAGAGGGCUGAGCAGUCGCAGAACAUUGCCUACCAACCUGUUGCCCAGAAGGUGUCGUAUGCCCAGGCUGUAUCUCCUGCUGCAUAUCAGGCUAAGGAAGCAAGUUCUCAUAUAAAUUAUGAAGCUCCUUCUCAGCAGUACUAUCAGCAAUCACAGACUGCACCUAUUUACGAACAUCAAGCGCAAUCUUCUGCUCAAGGGUACUAUUCUCAAGCUGCUGCUCCUGAGCAGCAGUACUAUUCAGCACCUUCUCAAUCAAAGUAUGCCAAGGCUGGUAUAACAUAUGCUUAGAAUUUCUGUGUAUUUAUUGUCUGUUGCUUCCUGUUGUAAAUAUGUUUUCACCGGAUUACAAGAUUCAUCUUGAUCGAAUAUUUUAGUUGAGGUAGGCAAUAAAAGUUUUUUAUUUUUA